UCUAUAAUUUCGGAUUGAUUUAUCGACCCUAAAGUUGAGUCGUGUAUUGAGAGGGAACAUAGAAACUGGGUUUUCAUUUUUUUUUUUUUCUUUUUUGGUUUGGAAUUUGAAGAUUAGAUUCGUUUGGAGUUUCAGGUCAGGGAACAGAUAAAACUCAGUGACGCAAAGAUUCUUUGCGUGAAGAUUUUGAGUUGAAAAAAAUUCGAUUUUGGUUUCAAGUGGUUGAAGGUUUCUCUAGGGGGUUUUCUUGUCAUUUUUGUCCACAAAAGUUGGUGCAUUUAAGAAGUCCCAGUUUUUGAAGUAGAAAAAGGUGAAGCUCUUCUUUGGUUUUGGUGCAGAAUAAAAGCUAUAGAAGUGCUUGUACGGGAAAUUUAACUUGUUCUGAGUUUGUUUCUGUUCCGUUUUGUAAGAUGCUGAAGAAACAUGGAGCAUUUUUAUGGGUUUUUAGAUUUUGAACUAUGGUGGCUUUGAAUUGAUGUUUGUUCGUAGCUUUUUUACUUGUAUGGAAAAUAGAAGAAGUUGCGCUCUCUCUUUGCUUUUGCUGCUGCUUCUUUGCUGUCACCAAACAACCGUCCAAUGCAAAGAAAUGCUCAUUAGACACCUCUCUUCUCAGACUCCUUCACCUUCUAGCCCUCAAGAAUUCAAGAUUGGACUCAAAAGGAUCAUUCUCAGCAUUGUCUUAGGAAUUCUAACUGGAUUGAUUGGAGCCAUUCUCUUUGCUUUAUUCAUCAAAUUUACAGUUAAGUACAUGAACCAAACCCCAAUCCUCAAAGGUCCCGUUAUAUUUUCCCCUAAAAUAUCUUCCAAUGUUCUCCACUCAGCCCUUGCAAAUGAGAAUCAGUUGCUAGGAUCAAGCUCUAAUGGGAAGUACUAUAAAACAAUUCUUGAUAACGGGCUUACUGUUGCAGUCAAAGUCCUUGAGCCCUUUGAUGAAGGUUCACCGGAGAGGCAGAGCAAGUCGGUGAAGAGAAGGAUACAACAAGAACUGGAGCUUCUUGCCAGCUUGAGGCACAGGCAUUUGAUGAGUUUAAGAGCCUAUGUUCGUGAAUCUGAUAGGUUUUCUUUGGUUUAUGAUUAUGUGCCCACCGGCAGCCUCGAGGAUGCAAUGAAUAGAGUUAGGGGAAAUCAGCUGCAGCUUGGAUGGGAUGUCAGGCUCAGGAUUGCUGUUGGAGUGAUUAAGGGUCUUCAAUAUCUUCACUUUAUUUGCAUCCCUCAGAUUUUGCAUUACAACUUGAAGCCCACAAAUGUGAUGUUAGAUGCUGAAUUCGAACCAAGGCUGGCAGAUUGUGGCUUGGCUAAGCUCAUGCCUGGUAUAGAUAGUUCAACUUCAGGUUAUGGUUCUCCUGAGUGUUUGCAGAAUGGCAGUUUCAAUUCAAACAGGUAUACUGAUAAGAGUGAUAUCUUUAGCUUUGGGAUGAUAUUGGGUGUUCUGUUGACUGGUAGAGAUCCCACUGAUCCAUUUUUUGGUGAAGCAGCCAAUGGAGGGAGUUUAGGACAGUGGCUUCGGCAUUUACAGCAUGCUGGUGAGGCACGGGAAGCUCUGGAUAAAAGCAUUCUUGGGGAAGAAAUCGAGGAAGAUGAGAUGCUGAUGGCAGUGAGAAUUGCUGUUGUCUGCCUAUCAGAUUUGCCAGCUGAAAGGCCUUCUAGUGAUGAGCUUGUUCCCAUGUUAACUCAGCUGCAUAGUUUUUGAUCGAAAUGUAACUCAGCUGCUGAUUCUAGAAAUAGGAUAUUUUUUGUACUUUCACUCCGAGGGAUUUGGUCUACAAGCUGCUGUGGCUCUAACUGUUUUACAACAGGAAUGUUGCUCGUGAGCGGCCAUUGGUUUCACUUGUGCUCUGUUCAAGUCUUAAUGUUUUCUCCAUCAAUAACUGGGCUUGCGGCAUUGUAUGCAUGGCUAAUCCUAUAAGUGAAGACUGGUGGUCAAAGAGAUUUCUAACUCAGACAUUGACUAUUUGAUCUGAUAACUGUGGGCCACAUCCGCAUUAUUAUGUUCUUAAACAACAAAUUAUGGUGGAGUGUUGUUAGUUGUCUGUAUGUUGGCAAAACCUUUUCGAAAGUCACGGGUGCUUUUGCAAUAAAAAUCAACUUGAUAUAGUAAUUUCCUUCAUGGGUUUGCAAGGAUGGGAUUGAGGUUAGAUGUAGAGUCCAAUAUAAAAGGUUUGGUGGCUGUGGUUGGGUGGGAUAUUGACUUUUCUUUGUUAUGAUAAGAACUCGAGUAGAAAGAUCUGGGUCCACAACUGCUUCUAAGUGGAAAGAGACUGGGCUAUGCUUUAAGUUUCUUGAAUUAUUGAUUCUUUCUCUGUAAUGCUGUAAUCCCCACAUGUCUAUGGUUUGGAGGGCUAAUAGAUGGCAUUAGAUUAGCUGAGAAAUCAAAACAUAUCUUCUUCAUGCAAAUUAUAUGCCUAGGGAGCCUGAAAAAAUAGGAAGAAAAAGAAUGUGGUGUGGGUUACAGGAGAUGUUGAGACAGGGAGGUCAGGCAGUCAGCAACAAAAGUUUUAGGAUGCUCCAAAAGGGUGACUGCCUCAGUUCAAAAAGCAAGGAUG